GAUACAAUUAUUAAUUCCUACUAUAGUUAAAAUACUACUUUUAGCAUAUCAAGAUAACAAAAAAUGAGUUAAGAAUUAAACAAAUAAUUGGAAUAGUUAGAAAUCAAAGAAGCUAAAUAGGCUUAAUAGGAAGAAACUAAGAAUAACUCUUAAUAAUAAGACUAGCAGCCAUAAGAGGAAGUCAAAAAGAAAAAAGUGGUCAAAAGCGUUAGAUUCAAUUUGGAAAUUAAAAAAGCAACAUAGGCUGAGAAAAUAGCUAAAGAAAAUUAGGAAUAACAACCUUAAAAUGAAUCUAAAGGAUUAUUCCCUGCAACUCUUCCUGAAUAAAGCUAAGAAGAAAAUUAAACUGAUUUAAAGCCAUCUCUAGAAAGCUAAUAUACAGAAGAAGAAAUAAAUGAAAUGGAAUAAAUCAAAACAUGGUUAUUCACAAAUAUUAAAAGAGAUAUAGAUAAUGCUAAUGCAAAGGGAGCUAACUGUGUACAACUCAAAGUGAAAAACUUUGUUUUACUCAGAAAGGAAGACAAUUAGCUUUAUAACAGAGUUGAGUUUGAUACAACCUUUGAUUUUACAACUAUUGAAUAAAUAUUACUUUCACCAGAAGAAGCUCAUCCCGCCUAAAGUACUCUUAAAUACUGUAUGGUGGUACUCUUUGGAAAAAACAAAAAUGUUCCUUUGGUAUUCCCAUAUUGCUAUUAAAAACUCGACGAAAUAGAAGAGAUGUAAAAAGAAACUGAACAAACCAAAAAUAAAAAAGAAAAGAAGAAACUCCAAAAGAAACUAAAAAAGAAAAUGGGAAAUUACACUCCAAAUGAGUUAGAUAAUUGGAUCUUUGUAAAUUCUAAUUUAAAGGAGGCUUUCCAUAAAAUUAAUUCUUUCCAAAAUAUUUGA